GAUUAGCGUAACCAUGGUUGGGUUUUAACGCCCAUUGCUAGCACUAUAAAUACCCCCAUUCUCCCUCGCUUUUCGGACUACAGACGCGAUUAAGCAAAGGAAACCAGUAGACUUUCGGCGACUCCCGUCUCCUGGCUCUCUGGUCGACGAUUUUCCAGUCUUCUGGAACAGCUCUAGACAAAAUUAGACCAGACUCCUGUUUUCUCCUUGGUAUUUGUUACCAUGACUCCUUCACCAGUCACCUCUUCGGCUAUACUUGACUUAUUUUCUACUGACAAGGAGAUUUUUUUAGCAUUAAGAAGAAUAUUGAGCGGAGGCCCUUUUCCAGCAAAUGUUUAUGAUCUAAAUCCUUGCCUGUUUAAACCUGAGAAUUUACCAGUUUGGUAUCACGAUGCGUGCAAUGGGAAUGCUGACACAAGUUUUGGUCCCUGGAAGCCGAAAGGUGGAGAUUGUAAACUGUAUUCAGAUUCUUCUUUCACUGGAUGGAGAACAACUUAUGAAUAUUAUGAAGGUCAGGCACCUCAUGAGUGUAAAACUGCCUGGGUUAUGCAGAAGUACUGGAUGAGUCAGACAGACCUGAACGAAAACAGCAAGCAAAAGGAAACCAGCUCACUUUGCAAAGUCUUUCUUGGAGAUGCACAAUUUCAAAACCAUGAAAAGAUUCAGAAAAUUGAGUUAUCUAUUAUUCUCAAUUCAAAACCCAACAACUUAAAUCAUCAGUUGGUUGUUCCAGAUGGUUCGACUUCAAAUGAUAUGGCAAAUGGGUCCACGAGCAAGUCUGAGGUAAUGAGUGAAGAUGACAAGAUGGUAGAAUUGGCAGUUGCAGGAAAACCCCAUGGUGAUUUAGAAGAGAUCCUUGCUGUGAUGAAUGAUCUUUCUGAAGGCAACUACUUGGAGUUGCUGGAUUUAGAUAACCCAACAUCUCCAUCAAGUUCUGAAAAUUCUAGUUGCUUGACCAUGUCAUCGGAUGAAGACUUUGAUAUGAUGGCUGUACUAUGUGACAUAGAGCGUGACAUCAACCAUGACAGGGCACAAAGAAAUGCUGCCUGCAUCCGCACCUCCGCGCCCUCCAGAAUAAAGGAGGAGGUGGUGCAUCAAGGGGCUUCAGAAUCUCUUGUGAGCAUCAAAAGAAGCCACUCGCCAGCAAAAGAAAAUCCCAAAAUCGAUUCUACAGCGUCCGGUUCAGGGCACAGAGAACCAGAAUUGAGACUUCCAAGGCAAAGUGAGAAAGAAGGCUACAGAUUGAAAGGUGCAUCGAGUUCUCACAACAAGAAGAUCUCAAAUGGUCAAGAAACAGCUGUGGAUGGAGGUAAGAAGAAAAAGAAGAAAGCAGUUGGGAGAAUGAAGAAGAUUCAGAAAAAGUAUCUUUGCUUCAUUCCAUUUUAGAUCUUAUGAAUCAUCUUACACUUAGAAUUAUCUCACACUAUAGCACAGUGCAGCUAAGAGUAAGUUAAUAAUGGAAAUAGAGUAACAGUGGCUUUGGAUAAGAAUUAUUGUGUUUGAUUAAGUUUGGUUCUUGCAUGUAUAGUGUAAAGUUAGAACAGGGGUUCUAAAGAUGAGAUGUCUUGUAGUUGAUAUGACUUCUUUCUUAGAAGACAUAACAUUUAAAGUCUUUGACUUGACUUCAUUUAUUAACUUACUGAAGUCAAUGUAAUUGUAGAGGGCUACUCACUUUUGAGUACCCAGCCCACCAUUAUAAUGA